UGUAUGAGCAUGUAGUUUGUGUAGGCAAUCUGGCAACCUUGCUUCCAACAGUAAGCAAUCUGGCAACCCUGCAUUGUGAAUGACAAAGCGAGCGAAUGACCUGGGAGCGGUUGAUUUUUUUUUUAUUCUCCUCUGAAUAAACCCUGAGUAAAGCAUACAUUAAGCGUAAACUCGGAGACUACACGGUUUUAUUGAUGUAAAGAGUGAAACGUAGCUUGGGGCUGAAUAAUAAUAAUAAAUAAAAAAAGCUAUGAACCAAGUAAGCUAGCUAACUCUAAUGUGUUUCCACCCGUUACUGCCAGACUGGACUCCAUUUGCGUGCCGUGAUUAAAGAAGCUUCCCUGCUGUUACACUCAUUUACACACUCACACACACACACACACACACACACGCACACACUCUGUACCGGGAUCACCAUGCUGGCUCUGCUGUUGACUGCGCUGCUGGCCGUACACUCCAUCGCUCUGGAAGUGAACGUCCCUGAUUUCCCAGUGGUGGUGCUUUAUGGAACCGACACUGUCCUCAACUGCACGUUCUCGGGGGCCAAGAACUUUAACCUGUCCGAGCUGAGCGUGUUCUGGCAGCUGGCUGACACUCAGAGAAGCGUGCAUGCUUACUUUGACAAGCAGGACCGCUUCAUUGAUCAGGAUGAGCGGUUUGCUAACAGGACCAGCCUGUUUCAUGCAGAGUUAGCGUCUGGUAACGCAUCGCUGCUCCUGAGAACAGUCCGAGUGGCAGACGAGGGCAGCUACACGUGCUUCGUUAAAGUGGACGCAUACAACAAGGAUUCCAUGUACAUGCAGGUGGCAGCCCCCUACUCCAAACCCUCAGUGACCUGGGAAACCGAUGCCAACCCCAAGCCAGGUGAUGCCGUCGCACUGACCUGCGUGGCGUACGGUGGGUACCCCGAGGCUCAGGUGCUGUGGCAGGACGGGAGCGGGCAAAACCUGACUGAGAACGUCACCGUCUCACCUGUAGCCAACGAGCAGGGUCUGUUCACCAUCAGGAGCGUCUUGACGGUCAUCCUCGAACCGAACAGCACCUACAGCUGCAGACUGACCAAUCCGCUUCUAGGGGACGAGGGCCACGCGUCUGUCACCAUCACGGCCCAGGCCCCGGUUUUUCCUCAAGUGGCUUUGUGGGUAACGAUUGGGCUGGCAGUCUGUUUGCUUGGUCUCCUCAUUGCCUUGGCUGCCGUCUGCCACAGGAAAAUCAAAGAGAGCUGCGAAGAGAUAAGAGCAGAGGAAGAAGCGAAAGAACUCGAGGAAGCCAAAGAACUCGAGGAAGCCAAAGAACUUGAAGAAUCCAAGACAGCUGCAACACCUCUAAAGAGCUAAAGGCAAAGAGCACAGGGUGAAACUACGCAUGAAGCAUGGAGUCUCACAUUAACCUUCAGUGCAACAUGACGUUCAACAAGCGGCACAUUCAAGUCUCACACACACACACACACACACACACACACACACACACACACACACGCACAGUCACACACUUUCAGUCCGUACAGGGCCAUUUGGUGUUGCUGAUACCUGUGUAGCUUCUAUUGCUUAAAGUCAAAAAGUAGCAUUUAACAUUUGAUAUGUAGUAAAACAAAUUGGAUUUUGUGCAUUGACAAAGAGAGCAAAUGCUGUUUGCCUUGUUCCCAGUUAUAGAUUGAUCAAACCCUGCAUCACUCACUGAUUUCUGUCCGCUUUUAUUUCUGAUAACGGUUUUGAAUUCUCGUUUUAUAAUCUGACUGUUUUUCCGAUGUUUUUUAUUUUAUUUUUAUACAGCAUGAAUAGAAAUAUCCUCAGACGUUCUAGUAGCGUAAACCUCGUUUCGACAGCAUCAGUCGCAAAGACUCGAGAAUCACUGAGCAUGGUUUGGAAUUAUAUACAGUCGGCUAAACUGCUUGAAGAUCUGCGUGAUGGCCAUUGGCUCUGACAAGCUUCCAGCUCCACCACUGACACCAGCAUGCAGAGCUUUGCCUCAUGUUCCAACUCACACUUAAUGGAAUGUGAAGAGCUUAAGAGCAGAACCGGCAAGGAAGCUGCCGUCAGUGUGUCCAGCGUAGUCAGCCUCUCUUUCUUUCCCUCGUCUUCUCCACCAGCGCACCAGCUCGGACUAAUUAAGGCCUGCCCAUGAACCAACAUGUACCUGUCAGCAUGUAGCUGUUUCUACAAACUCAAUGACUUUGGGGAGAAAUUAGUUUGAAUUCCAGCUAAGCUUGAACAAAUUGCAAAGUGGUUCACGAGACACACCCAGGUUUCUCUUUGACCUGACAGUAUUAUGUCGAGAAAUGUUUUUAAUGAUUACACAGAGAACUGUCAUACUGUGGGAGGGAAUCUAUAAUGAAUCUCGAAUGCUGUUUUCAUAUGGUUCUUGAUACUUGGAACACGUUCAGUGCCAAAUAAAUUGAUCGAGUGUUUUGGGAUUAAUUGUGCCAGUCAGUUAUUAUGAACAUGCUUUAAAUAAUAAAAUGAUUUGUCAUUAAAAUCUCGUCUGCUAUCGUGAUCAACUUAUAACUAUGUAGUCUAACAUUUUGACAUAUGCUCAAAUCCACUGUAUUCUCUUUAACGGUUCAGUAGAGGCACGAGGCAGCACGGUUUGUAUCCCAGCUCUCAAAACAAUUAUGUCUCUUUAAAUACCCUUUCUAUCGCCAGCGGCCAUCCCUGUGGCUCGGACGAUCACUUAAAGUUUAAUGACGCCAGCUUCAGGGAAGCCUUUAUUUCCCUUCCACUUGUGUUUGUCCCAUGAUUUGCUAAAAUUUAACAUCCAGCAAGUGCACUGGGAUUAAUAAAAAGGAAACAGCAGAUUUUAACCGCUUCAGUAAGUCAAAGUCUAGUUCUGAACAUUUAAUUCAGGUCUAGACCAGGUUUUAGCCAGGCCUUUCCAGCUAAAUUUGAAUAUUUUCUUUGGGUCUAGAUAUGUUUUUGUAUAUUUGUCUAGUAACUAGAGCUGGAUUUUGACUUUUACUUUGGGUCUAGAUAUUACAACUUUUUAUGCUUUUUAACCAUUUAUAGCUACUUUUAAUAUUGUGGAACAUCCAUGAAGCUAGUUAUCACAUUAUACAGUAGUGGUUAUAAACAGCACCAGCUUCUUUAUUUUUUUUUUCUCUCUCAUGAAGUUAAUUACAAAAAACAACAAAGCUUGUCAUGUUACAGA